AUGCUUUUCCUCUUCAAUUCAGACAACAGUGCGCUCUUCUUUGACUCCAUCCUCUUUCGAGAGGAGGCGUUGUUCACCUUUUCAACAUCAAAUGUUUUGGCUUUCGUAGGAUAUGUCUCUGUAGGGGCACCAGUAGCUCUUUACCCUCUCUAUUCUUCACAGGCAGGCCUUACUAUGUUGAGAUCACAGAUUUUAUUGUCAGCUUAUUUGCGGACUGGGUUGCUGCACAAUGCGGCCUAUGAGCAAGGGCCAGAUUUGGAAGUGCCCAUCUAUGCGCUGGACUCUUCACCCAAUGCGUUCAAUAUUCCUUACGUAGGCAGAAGGCUGGGUCACGACGGCAAUCAUUACAACCUCUACAGCUGUGUAGAUUAUAAUGACAGUGUCGUCCAUCCUGCACUUUAUCCUGCAGGAUAUGACCCUCUUCUCUAUGUGGAACUACCUCUUCUCUAUUUCCCGCCGAUGUCAAAUGCUAUGUUUGAUCUGACACAGACGGCUUUGAUCCCACUGAACUCAGCGCCUCUUUUGAAAUCCUCUCUUCAUGCUGCCCCCUCUUCUUCAGAGUCUGGUCUAGUCGGACCUGGCUCAAUCCUCGGCUCUUCCAUCCUGGAGAGUUCCUAUAUGGGCUCCUCCGCAUAUCCAGCAUACGGAGGCGACACUAGUACUGAUGUGUCUAGUCCCAUCACAAAACAAACUAGUGCCAAGAAACCCAAGAAAGUGAUGUUGCAAUAUAUCAACUCUAAGUACCCCAAGUGGGCAAGGGCUCUUGGCAACCUUUGGUGCAUGAUACGAGUUGCCAUGUGCCGCAGAGAUACUCCCAGUCCUUUUCUACUUGUCAUGGCCGACUAUGCUGCUGAGCGAAAGGCACUGAUAGAGUCUAUCUGGCCCCAAGCUCUCACUUGUUGUAAUCUGCAGCCGAUGGACUUGGAACCGGUACUCACUAUACCAACCAAAAAUAUCAUGUCUGAAGCGGAAAUCUUGGCUCUUUGUCACGUGAAGGAUUCAAUGAUGAUCAAUGGCACUGGCUUUGACCUCAAGCAUAUCUUUGGGGUUGCCCUACAUGAUAAGGUCAUUGCCCUCACACUGAAGCUGAUGCGCCUGUGGGCAAGUUGUUUACCACUCGCCGAUAAUGGUUUGGUGUGGUUCCUCGAGAACCAGAUCACACAAGAGGACGCAGCACACCCACCCAUGGCAACCUUGUCCUUAGUGGUGACCUCUUGUUACGAGGUCCUGUUGGACUACAUUGACAGCGAGGCCGAAGACUUUCAUGGGUUCAUAUCUCCGAACAAGAUGUUUAUGCAGAUAUGCGAGAUACUUCCUGUACUAUUCAACCAAUCUGACGACCCCGACCAUGCGCCGUUCAUCAUCGCUAUGAAAGCAUUAUCUGAUAAGAAUGCAAUGUGCAGGAAGGCCGAUGUCCGACGGGAUGUCACCCAUCUUACAUGGCAAUACAAUAUCCAUCCAUCUUGCCUCCUCAUGAAGCCCAUCUGCCAUGAGCUCCUUCAAAACAGAAAGGGGAACAUGACCAUGUGCCAAGUUGACGAGUGUCUGGCUCGACAAACGGCUUGGCCCGGUUACCCAAGAUGGCGCAAGGAGUUUGAUCGCCAGAAAUGCGCCAUAGCUCUGCCAUUGCUCCCAACCAACUCUAUAGCUCUGAACCUCGAUGUUCUUGGUAUUACACACAGUGAGAGCAACAUUCUCCCAGACUCACUCUUUACCACAGCUUCAGUGCUGUUUGGAUUAGUCGAUCCUCUUGAUAUUAAGGCUCUUAUUGAAGUGAGCCUCAAGGAGGACACAACGCAAACUGGCCUCCAGCAAGAAGAAGAAAGCUGCUUGGAAUACCUCAAGCGAGGAGGGCGUUUUUUGAUGGAGGAGAGAAUGGAUCAGGCACAACUAGAAGUCUCAUUGUUCAGUAACGCUAUAGCAAACUUGUGUGAAGAACUGAAUGGUAGAUGUCACCCAACUCCAUCUAGUGUUAAUCCAGAGAAACUGGUCACACCUAACGCUGUCCGGCCAUCCAAGAAAAAUGCCAUGCAUGGCUCCGCACAUCGUCGCAGUCUCAGGAUACCACACAAGAUUCUAAUUCCAGCCAAAUACUUCUUGAUUUCCCAGUAA